GAAUGCCGCCGUGAGGCGACAGCCAAUGUGACCGCAGCAGCGCCGGCGGCUGUUGGGAGAGACGACCUCGAGGAGGCGCGGGACAACCCCGAGGUCGGUCUUGGGGCAGGCGACCAAUCGGCGCCGGGCGAGAGUCACGGCCAGCCCGGUCAUGCGGAUUCGGUCGAACGAGUUGCGCUGGCAAUGGCGACCGUGACGGAAGCGCUCGUAGCUAGCAGGGCGCAGGUGAGUGAGGUUGGUGGGCCGCCGGACGGCGGUGAUUCGCCCGUCGCCAGGGCCGACGAGACGAGCGGACCCGGCCUGGUGGAUGCGGCCUUUGAGAUGCGCCGUAAAAAGGGGGAAAAACGAGUGCGCAUCCUCUCGGACGCUACCCUCGAGAUCUUGCCCUCGCCGAUGGACAGUUGCGAAGUGGAUGUUGAGUUUCAAAUGGAGGCGGAAGAAGACGAAGAAGACUUCAUCAUCACCGAGGAGGGCGGCAGACGACCGAGGAAGGGCUGUCACAUUCUGUUGAAGCCAAUCGUGUCGGUUGUCGGCGCGGACGGCGGCGCGGCGGGGACGGCCGAGGAGAAGAGGAACGGCGUUCGAAUCGAGGAGGCGAGUCUGGAGAAACGUCUGCUCGACUCCGGCGAGAAGGAGCACUCGGACCUGCAAGCGGCGUCUCGAGGCGACGAACAUCUGCCGGACGACGAGGUGGCGAAGCAGAAACAAAAGCGGCAGGAGGGAGGAGAGGGGGACGCCGGUGGCGACAGGUAUGAGCCGAGGCCGAGGCCACAACCGGCGCCGAACUUGAACACGCCGUCUGUGGUGCAGGCGAAGACGAGCUCGCUGAAUCGGCAUCUCGGCGACCUCCUGCAACGACCACCGCGACCCCCACCGCCCCGUCUCGGCCAGCUCGGACGGACCAACACUCUGCCGGCCAGUUACCGGACGCCCAUCGGCAUCACGCUUCGCGAAGUGCCCAUCGACACGCGAGUUCACUUCCGCCCACCAGUCGCCGUGACCCAAGCCCCCAAUAGUCAGUUGCCAUGGUCACGGAGAACUCGCGUUUCCGCCGGCGCGGCUGCCGAGGCGCCUGACGCCAGGUCGUCAGGUCACUUGACCUCCAACAUUCGCGAUGCCUUUCGCAGCCUGCGGCGCAGUCUGAAAAAGAGAGUGACCAGCGGGACGGGAAAGCGCGAUGAACGCCAGUCACGCAUCGCACAACAGCAGAGCGAAGAUGGCACUCGAUCACCGCGGAUAGUCUCCAGCUCUCGAGUGCUCCAGGCACCGGCCGAGCCGGAGAUGGCUCCAGCCUCGUCUCCGCCCCCGGACCCGGUAAGCCGAUGCCGCAUGUGA